AUGAGUCUAUUUAUAUUAGGUGCUACUGGACUCGUUGGUGCAGAAGUUGUUAAAUACGGUGAGAAGUCCUCAGUUUUUGAAAAAGUAAUUCCAUUAAUCAGACGCCAUUCCAAAUUAGAAGGUUCCAAAAUAUCUGUCAUUGAGGAACCAGACACUUCCAAGUGGCCAGAAGUUAUUGCUAAUGAAUCCAAAUCCACACCAAUUGAUGCUUUCAUUUCGGCAUUAGGUUCUACAAGAGCCAAAGCAGGCUCAGCUGAGAAUUUUAGAAAAAUCGAUUACGGAAUCAAUUACGAAAAUUUCAAAGCAGCUAAAGAAAAUGGAGUUAAAACCGCAGUGUUGGUUAGUUCUAUUGGUGCCAAUGCCAAAUCUUGGUUCCUUUAUCCUCAAACAAAGGGAAAGUUGGAAGAUGAUGUAAUUGCACUUGGAUUUGAACAUACUGUGAUUCUUCGUCCUGGAGCAUUACUUGGUGAGAGAGAAAGUGCUCAUGGAUGGGCCAAUGGAGCUGUUAAUACUAUUGGAAGAGCUACUAAGGGUACAUUUUUUGCUCCUGUGUUACAUCCAAUUGAAGGUGCUGAUGUUGCAAAAGUAGCUGUGGAUUUUGCUGAAAAAUCCAAGAUGGGUAAAUUGACUGAAAAGGUCACCAUUGUUAGUGCUGGUGAAUUAGUUAAGCUUGCUAGCAAGUUGUGA